AAUUUUUUAUAUAUCUUUACUGUUGUAUAGUGCUUGACGUGUUUGAAUGGAGGAGUACACUGGUUAUUCGAAGGAUGAGUAUGAUAUAGAUACCGGUGAUGCAACUGACAACACAACAGUUCUAUUAAUGAUGAUGAUUAUAAUAGCACCAAUGAAUCAUGGUCUUCAUAUGAUAAUUUACCUUCGGAGGAUUUUCAAAAUAAUGAAGAUGAUACAUGCAGUGAAAACAUAAGUGAUAUAUAUUUAGAUUUUUAAGUUUGUAAAAUACAAUACAAUGUUUAUUUCAUGUGUGUAUUUAUUGUACAGGAAGAUGUGGAUGUUGAGAAUGCGAAAAAUAAUAAGGAUGACUCUUUCUACGAUAAUGUAAAUCAGGAGGACAUAAAUGAUUGUAUCGAUGAUGAUGGUGAAGUAGAGAUUGACAUUGCGGAGACUGAGAAGUUGGAAAAGAUGCUGGAUACGCAUUGUAAGGUUAUGGAAAUAACAUUUAAAUCCCAAGGGGAUGCGUACAUGUUCUACAACAAUCACGCGAAAGAGCGUGGGUUCGGCAUCAGGAAAGAGAAGGUGAAACGAGGAAAAGGUCCUGCAGGAAUUAUAAGGUUCAGGCGGUUUGUUUGCUUCAGAGGAGGAAGACGGCGGAGGAAAUUCAUAACCAUGGAUGGCCGCAUCCGCAGGUUAAGGAGGGAGGCUCGUUGCGAUUGCGGUGCGCACUUGAUGGUGAAACUGGAUAAAGCUCGUGGAGUUUGGUUCGUCGCGGCAUUUUUUGAUGAGCACAACCAUGACCUCGCUCGACCGAUGAGAGAGAAAAGGAAGCUCCUUGCUAAAGGUGAUGCUGACACGGCGAUUGGUAUAAUGAGGAGUAGAAAGGAGAAAGAUCCGGACUUGUUUUUUGAGUAUAUGCUGGAUAAAGAGGGGAGAUUGAAGGGCAUGUUAUGA